AUGCAACAUGGUAACUUUGCAUCAUCACAAUCAGAGUACUCUCCCACUUCAGACUCUCCCACACAAGCAUCUCCUGGACUGGCUUCAUUCGAUUUUAAUAUGAAUGACAAUGAUUUUGGUGGUACUUCUGAAAGACCUAUAGGAGUACGGAAAGCAAAAUUUAAAAAGAGAAAUGAUGAAGAAAGUUCUAAGUUUAUGGAGUAUAUGAAAGAAGAGAAUCAAAAAAUGCUUGCAAUUUUGGAAAAAAAUAAUGCUGAUAGGCAACUAAAUUAUGAAAUCCAAAUGUUACGAGCUCAAACUGCAGCCAAAAAAGUGGACGUGGAAGAAUUACGAGAAGAAAAUUUAAUUUUACUGAAAGAUUUGACACAAGUAACUGAUCCAAAACUACAUGAGUUUCUUGUACAAGAACAAUCAAGAAUUAUGCAUAAAAGAACUAAACAAGGUGAAGGAUCUCAAAAUACCGGUUCUGGUACUUUUGCCCAAUAUUUCGAGCAUCUUCGUCCUUCUGAUGAUGACUUCCCAGAAUACUGA